GGCGGGAUUAAUAUGGUUUCAGGUUACACAUUCGAGGAAAAGGAAACUGAAUCAUACUCACAAAUAUCCAACGUCUUCUUAUUUCCCUGUUGCAAACUCCUGGAUUUACAAGGAAGCCUGAACAUCAGACAAGAUGUCAUCAAUUUCAGAGGAAGAGUGGAGGGACGCAAUGACCAAGAUCUUUGACAAGCUAACUAAAGACCAGUACAAGAAGAUGCUGAUAAUUGUUGACUUUUCAACUCCACAAAAGAAAACUGAAAAGUUCAAAAGGGAGUUGCCCCAAGCAAUCCUAGAGAAGUAUGGAUUAGAAGAAUCCAUCAUGAAAGUCAACAAAGCAAUGGAAGAGAUACCAAGGAAAGACCAAGGUGUCCAGAAUCUGCUGCGUCCCUUUGUUGAGAAAUUGGGUAAACAGGAGGCCGGUCCAGCUCUGGAGGCUGAUCCUGCUGGAGCACCAGAACUUGAACACACGAGAAAGGAUGAAGAUCCAACCCUGAAUUCAUCUCAGCCGACUGAAACUGUCAAAGUACCGGGUAGAGAAAUUCCAGCCAUGAGAAAAACCAUCCAGGAGCUGAAAACCAGCGGUCAACUCGACCAAAAAUUCAUUAUAGGGAAAAUUGUGCAGAAAUCUGACCCGGCCACUUACCUAACAAAAAAAAAGGAAAAGAAGUUUUUCUUCAAGCUGGGAAUUGCUGACGAGACAGAUUGCAUCAAGGUGAUCGUGUACGGAAAAGAGCGCUUUCAAGAUUUAAAGCUGGGCUGCUUCUACAACUUCAGAGAUGUAAUCGUGGACAUGGAGGAGAACGUCAUUAAAGUUACAGAAAAGACCAGGAUUUCAAAGACGGCUCCGUUUGAUAUCCCCAAGAAUCUUGAGCUGGAAGCUGCCAAACUCAUUAAUCAGCCUGUUUGCUGCAUCGCAGAAGUCCAAACAUACGAAGACAAGACUGCAGUGAGUGUUGAAGGAACUGUGAAAACGAUUGAUUCCUCCAAACGUGUUCCGCUAAAAAAGGACAAAAGGAUGAAGAAAGACAAGCAAGAGUUUGAGCUACAGGAUGAUACAGGUACCAUCAGGAUAUGCAUGUGGGGCGAACACACCAAACACCUCUGUGGAAUAUCACUUGGAGAUCGUGCCACGGUGACCAACGUCAAGACCAAUCGAUUCAGAGAUAUUCCAGUGUCUCUGAACUCAACUGACCUCACCAAAAUUGUCAAGCUGGCGAGUGCUGCCCCCCAGAACAUCACCAUGAUGAUUAUUGGCCUCACUAAAGCUACAACGCUGGAGACUGAGCUGGAAGCACAGAUCAACGACCAGAUGGCCACGUUCGUUGCAGCUUCUUCUCUCCUGGUCAAAGAGUUGGGGAUCCCAAUGGGGGCCAACUUUGAAGCGAGGCUCCUAGACCAAUUACCGUUUUCAGCCGAAGCACAAAUAAAAGGAAAUAAGAUCCUCCAGCUCAAAGCUGUUCAGAAGACCCAGCAGUAGUGACCUAUGUCAGAUCGUUCCUGCUUUGCAGGACUCUUCAUACUAAUUUCUCUGUGUUGUAGUGUGCUGCUGCCACUUGGGGGCAGUGUGAUAGCUUUGUGGGUGUUGUUGGGCCUUCAGUGUUUCUCUGCUGCGGGGGAGGGGUUUUUAUGAUAAAUGAAAUCUUGGGAUGUGCUUAGACAAACAGUGGUUUGAUAGCUUUUCCAACACUGAUUGUUUGUGUGAUAAGUCUUUUUUGCUUUUCCUUUUACAUGCCAAAGAUGCAGUAAAAUCAACAAAUAAUCUAAUUUUUUGUGACUGGAGAAAAUGUUGUUUUGAAAUACUAACCUUGAAAUAAAAAGUUAUUUUGCGAUGACAAAA